CUCAAUAGCAAGCAAAUGAAUUGAAAACAAAAUGAUAUCAUCAACCAUGCAACACUUGCUACUUCUCCUCCUAAUAUUCCUAACCACACAACACUUCAUCAUACCUUCACUCUCAGAAACAUGUAACCCUCAAGACAAAAAAGCCCUUCUCCAAAUCAAAAAAGAACUUGGUAACCCAACUGAACUCUCGUCAUGGAACCCGACCACAGACUGCUGUGAACACCGCAAAUGGGCAGGUGUCUAUUGCACCGAGACAGGAACCUACCGCGUCCAUCACCUUGAUCUCUCCGACCUCAACCUCCCUAAACCCCUUCCAAUUCCACCCUCCAUAUUCACUAACCUCCCUUACCUCUCCUUCCUCUAUAUCUCCCGCAUUCCCAACCUCGUUGGUCCUAUCCCGCCGUCCAUCUCCAACCUCGCCAAACUCCAGUACCUCUACAUACACCACACCAGCAUUUCUGGAGAGAUACCAAACACCCUCUCACAUAUCAAAACUCUCUUAACCAUAGAUUUCACCCACAACAAACUCACUGGUCCACUCCCAGAAAGCCUCUCCUCUCUCCCUAACCUCUUGGGAAUAUCAUUCGACGAUAACCAACUUACCGGUACAAUACCGGAAUCUUAUGGCUUGUUCUCGAAACUCACAUCGUUCACUCUGUCAAAAAACCGUCUCUCUGGGAACAUUCCACCUUCUCUAGCUAAACUGAACCUUGCAUUUGUGGACUUGUCACGAAACGCGUUGGAGGGUGAUGCUUCGGUGUUUUUUGGGUCAAAGAAAAGUACUCAGAAGAUAUGGUUGGAUAGGAACUUGUUUGCUUUUAACAUCGGAAAAGUUGGGCUGUCGAAGAAUUUGGAGGCGAUCGAUCUUAGGGACAAUAAAAUCUACGGCACGCUACCUAAGGGAUUGACCAAGCUGAAGUAUUUAAGUAAGUUGAAUGUGAGCAACAAUGAUUUGUGUGGUGAGAUACCAGUAGGUGGAAAAUUGCAAAGAUUUGAUGAGUCUUGUUAUGCUCAUAAUAGGUGCUUGUGUGGCUCUCCUCUUAGAGCUUGCAAAGCUUGAAAUUUGAAUCCAAUCUCACAACUAUGUGACUAGAUUUAAAUAAAAAAGAUGGCGGGUUCAUUGAGUUUUGAAUCCAUAUGACCAACUGUAGUGUGUUGAUGUAAUUUUGGAUGAUUAAUUACUAAUCCCUUUGUCUCA